AUGUCUCAAGCUACGCGAGUAAACCCGAAUCAGAGGUUUAACAUACAUACAAAUGCUUCAAGAUCUACGUUCGAAGAGCAACUGGCACUUCUACAAGAGAAUUCUCAAAAAACUUCCGAAAGACAUCGACAGAAAUGGGCACGACCAGUACCGAAUAUAAACCCAGAUUUCGAUCCAAUAAUAUUUCAACAAUUUGAGGUUGACGAAUGUAUCGAUCAAUCUUCUUCUAUGAGAUCACCAAUGAUUCGUAUGUUUGGCAUUACAGAGCCUUACUUUUAUAUUCCUGCUCCGGUCGGGUUUAAAAAUGAUGAUAUAGCAGAAUUUCAAACAAGUCUUGAGUAUUUACUGCAAAGGGAUAUGAGAUCACAGGGAAGACAAUUUGUUUCCAAAAUUGAAAUUAACCUUAAAGAAACUAUACAAGGCUAUCAUGGAAAUCGAAAAUGCCCUUUCUUAAAGAUGUAUUUUUCUGACACGAAAGCAAUGUCUCUUGCACAAGCCGGGACCUUUAAAUUCAAAGAUAGACCUUUGAGUCAAGUGACAUUUGAGAGUAAUAUAUUAUAUGUUUUACGAUUUAUGAUUGAUUGUAAGGUUACUGGUGCUAAUUGGAUUGAAAUACCACCAAAAAAAUAUCGUAUUAUACCGUUGGAAGAGCGAGAUUCACAUUGUCAAAUAGAAUUGGUUACUUGUCAUGCUCCUGAUGGAGAAUGGUCCAAAAUUGCUCCUUUGCGUAUUUUGAGUUUUGAUAUAGAAUGCGCCGGACGUAAAGGCAUAUUUCCCGAAGCAAAAAUCGAUCCAGUAAUACAAAUUGCAAAUAUGGUCACUAUUCAAGGUGAAGACAAACCUUUUAUUAGAAAUGUCUUUACAUUGAAUUCGUGUGCGCCAAUAGUGGCUACGGAUGUCAUAGAAUGUUAUGAUCAGGCAGAGAUGCUGCAAGCAUGGAGUAAUUUUGUUGUGGAUCCUGAUAUCUUAAUCGGUUAUAACAUAAUAAAUUUUGAUCUGCCUUAUUUGCUUGAUCGCGCUCAUCAUAUAGGAGCUAAAGGAUUUCCUUAUUUUGAAACUAGAUUUUCGUCAAAAGCGUAUGGAAUACGUGAUAGAGAACAAAAGGAAGAAGUGCACCAUUCCAUAAUUACAGAUUUGCAGAAUGGAAACGAUGAAACACGUCGACGACUUGCUAUUUACUGUUUAAAGGAUGCAUAUCUACCGCAAAGACUUAUGGAUAAACUUAUGUGCCUUAUCAAUUAUAUGGAAAUGGCGCGUGUAACCGGAGUUCCUUUUAAUUAUCUUCUUUCACGCGGGCAACAAAUAAAAGUGAUAUCACAACUUUUUAGGAAGGCAUUCGAGCAAGAUUUGGUUAUUCCAGCAGUGAAAACGGAAGGUAACCAAGUUUUCAUUGCAGCUUUUUCUAAUUAUAACGUGAAUCUAAAUAGUAAACCAUAUUCUUUAGGAACCGAUGAACAAUUCGAAGGGGCAACUGUAAUAGAACCUGAAAAGGGAUUUUAUAAUGUUCCAAUAACAACACUUGAUUUUAGUUCUCUAUACCCUUCAAUUAUGAUUGCACAUAAUCUUUGUUAUACAACUUUAUUGGAUAAUAAAGAAAUUGAAAAUUUAAAUUUGAAGGCUGAAGUCGAUUAUAUAACCACACCUUAUAAUUCAGCUCGUUUUGUAAAACCAAAUCUUCGUAAGGGAUUGUUGCCAACGAUUCUUGAAGAUUUGCUUGCCGCACGCAAAAAAGCAAAAGCCGAAUUGAAAAAAGAAAUAGAUCCUUUCAGAAAAGCUGUUCUGGAUGGGAGACAAUUGGCUCUAAAAAUUAGUGCUAAUUCUGUCUACGGAUUUACCGGAGCAACUGCGGGUAAAUUACCUUGCAUUGAGAUAUCAGCAAGUGUCACAGCGUAUGGUCGUCAAAUGAUUGAACGAACUAAACAAGAAGUUGAAAGUAGAUUUUGUAUUGCUAAUGGAUAUAAACAUAAUGCACAUGUUAUUUAUGGCGAUACUGAUUCCGUCAUGAUCAAAUUCGCGGCUGGAUAUGUUACUGAGAAAUUUCUUAACCCGAUUAAAUUGGAGUUUGAAAAAGUUUAUUUCCCGUAUUUAUUAAUAAAUAAAAAACGGUACGCGGGUCUUUAUUGGACAAAUCCUAACAAUUGGGAUAAACUAGAUACCAAAGGAAUUGAAACUGUUAGACGAGAUAAUUGUCUUCUAGUUCAGAACGUGGUUGAAACUUGUUUACGAAAGAUUUUAAUUGAUAGAGAUGUUUCUGGUGCUGAAGAAUAUGCAAAAAAGAUUAUUUCUGACUUGCUUCAAAACAAAAUUGAUAUGUCUCAACUCCAACCACAUUCGUGUUUGGCUGAACGUAUGCGUAAACGAGAUCCUGGGUCUGCCCCAACCCUUGGUGAUCGCGUGGCAUACGUAAUCAUAAAAGCUACUAAAAACGCACCAGCAUAUGAAAAAUCUGAAGAUCCAAUAUAUGUACUUGAAAACAAUAUUCCAAUUGAUACUAAUUAUUAUUUGGAAAAUCAAUUAUCGAAACCUUUAAUGCGAAUUUUUGAGCCAAUAUUAGGGAACAAAUCCAAUUCUUUACUUUCUGGAGAUCACACACGUGUGACAAAAAAUACAACGCCAACUGUUGGUGGCUUGAUGAAAUUUGCAGUCAAAACACCUACUUGUUUAGGUUGCAAAACUCCUUUGAAAGGAAAUGAUAUACCAGUGUGUAAACAUUGUAAACCAAAACUAGGUGAAUUAUUCCAGAAACAGUUGGACGUUGUAAAUUCUCUUGAAAUUCAUUUUGCACGACUCUGGACACAAUGUCAAAGAUGUCAAGGAAGCUUACAUCAGGAUGUUCUGUGUAGCUCGCGAGAUUGUCCUAUAUGGUACAUGAGAAAAAAGGCACAAAAAGAUGUGGCGGACGCAACUGGAAUUUUGGAAAGAUUUAAUCAUGCUUGGUAA